AUGGAAAUGUCUUCUCCAUCCAUCAGCCGCAAGAGGCGUCGCGACGAGGGCGAGGAGGAAUCGCCUCAGAUGUCGUCUCCGGAGGCCAAGCGCCUUCUCCUCGACAUCCUCGACGACGAUGCCGACGCCGACGCCGACGCCGGGGACCAGGACGUCACCUCCGUCAUGAAGAGCCUCGAGGAGGAGAUGGCCCUCCCCUCGGCCCCGCCGCACGUACCCCCGCAGGAUGCGGCGGUGUCGGACCCGCCGGACUUGGGGUACCUCUUCGAGGCCUCCGACGACGAGCUCGGCCUGCCACCGCCGGCUCCGUCCUCGUCCGGUGAUGGCAGCGAAGCGUACAAUGAGGAGGAGGGGUUCGGGUUCGGCCAGAUCUGGGGGUUCGACGACGACGAUCUCAGUGGGUACGAUGGAUUCGAACUUGGGAUCCGGGCGGAGGCGGAGGACGUGGUGGUGUCCGACGGCGAGCUGUUCGAUUACGGCGACGCGACAGCGUGCGCGGCGCCGCAGUACGCGGAUCUCUCGUGGCGGUCAGAGACGCUGCCUGCCGUCUGA